AUGUGGUGGAUGCUGUUUCCCCGAUGGAUUUGGUUUCUCCUGGGCCACUGCUGUGCGCUGCUCCUCUACAUGGACAGCUGCCGCGUGAGAGCGAUGCCCAUGUCCAUGCCCGUGUCCGUGGCCAAGGUGGUGUACUCUCACGCAGGUCUGUGCCCGAAUGACCUGAACCCAAACCUGUGGGUGGAUGCGAUGAGCACCUGCAUGCGCGAGUGUGAGUCCGAUCAGGACUGCGAGACCUUUGAGAAGUGCUGCCCUAACGUAUGUGGCAACAAGAGCUGCGUGGCUUCACGCUACAUAGACGCCAAGGGAAGCAAAGGCCCAGUUGGAAUGCCAAAGGGAGCCACCUGCGACAAGUUCAUGUGCUCCCAGCAAGGAUCUGAGUGUGACAUCUGGGAUGGCCAGCCUGUCUGUAAGUGCCGGGACCGCUGCGAGAGGGAGCCCCACUUCACGUGUGCAUCUGACGGCCUGACAUAUUAUAACAAGUGCUACAUGGACGCAGAGGCCUGUUCCAAGGGUAUCUCUAUCUCUGAGGUCACCUGCAGGUAUCACCUGACCUGGCCACACACCAGCCCAAUCCCUGCGGAGACCACCCUACAUCCCACCACUGCCCUCCAGACCACCCUCCCAGCUGACAUCCAACUACCCACCAUACACAGCGGCCCCAUCCAGCAGGCGGUCUUCGUUGGAGAGACGGCGAGUUUCCUGUGCGAGGUGUCAGGGAAGCCCCGUCCAGAAAUCACCUGGGAGAAACAGUUGAAGGGCAAAGAGAACACCAUAAUGAGACCCAAUCACGUACGAGGAAACGUUGUGGUUACUAACAUUGGCCAGCUGGUCAUAUACAACUCACAACUUCAGGAUGCCGGCAUCUAUACGUGUACAGCCAAAAAUGUAGGGGCAAGUGUAUCAGCACACUUUCCCUUGGUAGUGAUCAGCAGAGAAGUGAAAGGUAAGAGUGCGGACGGGAAUAGUACAAACCUACCUUUUCCAGCCGAGGAGUGCCUGAAGAGCCCGGACACAGAUGACUGUGGUGAAGAGAGCAUGAGCUGGUAUUAUGAGCCAAAGAGGAACAAUUGCUUCACCUUCACCUACAGUCAGUGCAAUAGAAACCGCAACCAUUUCGACACCUACGAUGCCUGCAUGCUGUCAUGUGGAGGAGACCUAUCGGCUCCCUGUAGCCUACCGAGCCUCCAAGGGCCUUGCAAGGCGUAUGAACCUCGCUGGGCGUACAGCAGCAGCCUCAAAAAGUGCCAGUCCUUUGUCUAUGGGGGCUGCGGGGGCAACGAGAACAACUUUGAGUCCAAGGAGGCCUGCGAAGAGAUGUGCCCAUUUCCGAAGAACCACAACUGCAAGAUGUGUAAACCUCGAGGCAAGAUGGUCGCCAGCUUCUGCAAGAGCGACUUUGUGAUCCUGGGCCGUGUGAUGGAGCUGACGGAGGAGCAAGAGUCAGGCCACGCCCUGGUGACAGUGGAGGAGAUCUUGAAGGAUGAGAAGAUGGGCCUGAAAUUCUUUGGCAAAGAGCCGUUGGAGGUGACUCUUCAGAACAUGGAUUGGAACUGUCCCUGCCCUAAUAUCACUGUCGCCAACGGGCAGCUCAUCAUCAUGGGGGACGUUCACAACGGGAUGGCCGUACUGCAACCUGACAGCUUUGUAGGCUCCUCCAGCACGCGCAGAAUCAGGAAGCUUCGCGAGGUUGUCCACAAGAAAACCUGCGACUUUCUUAAAGAUUUCUCCACCAUCCAGUAGAGACUUUUAAAAAAUCUCACACCCACCGAAAGUCAGCGAUGACGUUUUCAGAUUUCGACAUGCUCCAGUGACCUCACCAGUGCAAGCAAACUCUGAUCUAGUCACUCAUCUCUUACAUCGGAGGUUUUGUUGCCUGGUUCAAAUGUUUUCCAAUCCGUCUUUUGUUUCUCAUGGCUCUGUAGAUCUAAAAAAAAUCUUAAAAUCACGUGUCAUAGUUGAUCAUCAGCUGUCAGUUGUUUUCAUUUGUGAUUUCUUCACAGAUGCUGUUUCGGCGAACUACUUUUUUUUUUAUUAGAAUCAAAGAGUUUUGCUGUCAGCACCCGAGACACACUGGGAAAGGCACAGGUAAUAUGCAUUUACUCUGUAUAAAUUAUUUAAUCUUUGUUAACUAUAAUAGUUUUCCUCUCCAAAUGUAAUCUUCAGUACAUUAAUGUCAUUCAUUUAGCCGUUUGUUUUAAUAUAAUUGGUUUGUUUGCUUUAUCUGUAUGUGGGGCUGCCCACGAUAUACAUCAGAUGACAACUGUUCUGAGCCCUUGAGCUCAUGAUAAUGCAAUAUGAAGCCUCAGUUUAUCUACCAGAAUCAAAUAAGCUUGUUGGUUCCAUUUUUUUGGAAUCUAUUUUGAUAAGUUUUGAUUUACAAUACCUAAUAUGUGUACUUCUGUAUGUCAUAUUUAUUUUUUUCUUGAGCUAUAUAUAUAUUAUUAAAAAAAACUAUAGAACAUGUUUUUAUUCUAUCAAUAAAUAUGUUAGUGUUCAGUAAAACGUGUAUGAUGGCAAAAUGAAUAA